AUGCAAGUCGGUCUUGUAUUAAAGUAUUAUCAACCCUCUGUAAUGUCAAGUUUGCAGAGUACCAUAUUGCCAACACCUUCAAGAACCUCUUUUACUAGUAUUUCCGAACAUUCAGGCCUCAGAGAUAAUGCUACCUGUAUUCCAGUACCAUCUGUCACUAAAAAAACUGAUAAUUAUACGGAGAGAGGUCGUAAUGUGACUUUGGCAGAAAGUCGAAUGAUGCUCGAUAAAGCAGGUUAUGGUGGCAUUACACCGAAAACACCCUCUACCAGUAGUUCGGGAUCUGGUUCCCCACAUGGAUCUUUUAUUCCCCAGCCACGAAGUAGUAUAGUGGCACGUGACAGAGGAAGUCUUGAGAGUAAUUGUCCUAGACUUUCAUCGUUAACAUCCGCUUCAUCCUCGUUCCACUAUCCAGUCAAAUCAAGUCAUGAAGUUGAGUUGCGUAACUUACGAACAGGGAGUGCUAGUACCGAAGGGAAUAAAAAUGGAACUUCAAAGAAUACCUCAUUAUUAGAAAAGUCUAGGCAAAUAUGUACGAAAGAAAAACAAAAAGAAAAGGGUAGCGUCUUAGUUAGUGGUAGUGGUUUUAAUUCGGCGAGCAGUAAUUCUUCGAGGAGCCUGUAUGGUGACCCAAAAGUCAGUUCUUCGACGGACAGGUCAGAUGUAUUUCCUGAUGCAACAAAAAACAGAAUUCUAGGUUGUUCGUCCCACAUGUCGAUACAAGGAACUGCUAACUUGUCUGAUGCCACAACAAAGAGUUUAACCAAGAAAUCACUUGGUAGCAGGAACUCAAGUUUAAUUAGACAAAUUAAUUCGAAACCAGCCUCAGCAGGAAGAAAAGACGUCGAUUCUUCUCGACUAAGUAAAGUGAAAAGUGGGAACGAAUCUGGAAAAUCGAACACGUUUCCACGUCAGAGGAGUAGUACAAGCAGUGGUUCGCUUCCGAGGCCUAAGCCAAGAGACGGAGAAUGUAAUGAACCUAAGGAAGAUGCUAGAAUAGAAGUUCCAAAACAAAGACUACAGCCAUGCAACGAACAAAGCUUUUCGCAUAAAAGCACCGUACGUGUUAACCCCAUUCGUCAGUUGAAAAUUUCAAGCCUUAUUCCAAAAACUGAACGAAAUAUUAGAACCGUGAUGGCCAGUUCUGGAACUGUGGGUUCUGUAACUGAUAGUGGUUCAAUGUAUAACUACAGUAUGUCAGCAGAUGGAAAUAAUAGGGACUCGGGUUCUAGUGAACGUCAAGUGAACGCAUCGAAAAAUGGUAGUACUAACAUUCCCAAACCAACUGCAGCAGUAAAGGGAACUUCAAAAUCACCAAGAAAAGGUAACUGCCCAACCAAUGAUGCAACUCUAGACAAUAAAUCCGAUAUCAGUAAUACUGGAGGGGAAGUGCGAAUCAUAAGGCCUGUUAUGACACAGGAAGAUCACACACCAGUGCAACUGUCCAGAGAUGUCGCUGUUGAAAUUAACCCACAAACCUUGGAAAGUAUGCGAGAAAGUAGAUCAAGGCAACCUGGUGAGAUUAGCACGGUUUCAUCUAUAUCGGAAAGAAUCAGAGAAGGUUCCCAAGGGACCAUUAGUAUAGCCAAAGUUUCCCCUAUUAUGAACACAAGUAUUGUCACAGCCACCAAAGAGAAACUUGCACGUCACCAAAAGCACCCAGAAGAUAGAAGAUCUGAAACUCCAACUGCACCUUUCCUUUCUUCUCAGUCAGGGCGAAACAAUGGGGAGUCUCAAAAAGAUUAUAAUCAAAAAUCAAAUAUUUUACAUUUCAGUUCAGAUUCAGAAAAAUUAAACACUAUGAAAUCUGAUGUCAUUGCUAAUGUACAAAAGGUGGAUGAGACACAGAGUAAACUUUCCACAAGCAAAGAUGUUUUUCGUGAAACUAAUGGUUCUAGCUUGGACAGUGAUGACAUGCUACAUGAAGACUUUGUUGACAUAAUACAGAAUAUCAAACCUAUGCAACCUAUUACACGUGCUUCCUUUUCUGGCUAUGUUCGGGGCUUGGAAUCACUGUCUUCCACUCGUUAUUUCGCUAAUAAACCCCAAUCCCCGAGCCUUCGUUUUUUGUCAAAUGUGAGUGGCUAUGGAGGAAGACGAUUAGAUCUUUCGAGUCACGUUCUAACGUCAGAUAACUCUUCUAGGAUAUAUGAUACUCCUAUGAAACGAACUUUUUCCUCGAUGAAAAGUAUUUUGAAUGUAAACUAUUGUUCUAACGUUGGUUCUGCUGACGUUGUGGCAGGAUACAUGAGUGAAGGAAAUGCACUCAAGUCAGGACUUGUUUACAAAGUUGAUGACUUUGCUAGUGGAUACAUGAGCGAAAGUACUGCUUCUUUGUAUCUCCGAAAAAUUUCGAAUAACAGACAAGAUGGCGUAUUUUCAGGUCAGGAAAUCCCUCAUAGAAUUAUCAACACUCUUCAAGAUAAGAGCCUCGAGGACAGCAAAUCUAUCAACAGUGGAAUCAGUGACACUAUAGCCGAGCCCAGUACUGACGAUAACAUGACAAUCUCGUUAUACUCGGAAACAAAUGUGUACGGUAGCUCAAAACGGUCGAAGCGCGAAAAUCUCCCGCCUAAGAAUGCGCUACAGUAUAGUGAUCCUAGCAGCAAACUGAGUAACGAUAAGAUAAGGAACGAAGAUAACCUGAAGGGAUCUUCAACAAGCAGAAGGACUAACACCAAGAAGACAGACAGCUCGAUGCAAACGGAGUCAAGCGUCUUUCAACAGAUGUCGUCUGCUGCUUGGAAAAAAUACUUACAACAAUAUGAAUCAUCUUUUCGAAGUGUGGAAAAUAAUGCGAGUGAUGAAAGAGUUAAAAAUAUUGAAGCCGAUAGAAUAAGAGGGAAAAAAUCGUACUCGUUGGGAUCACCAAACAGGAAGAAUGGUGUUUGUAAAGGAUCUGUUAGUAAAUAUAGUGGCACCGCCGGACACAGAUUUAACCAGGAAAUUCUCACUGCUGUGUCUGAGAAACGUGGGGAUCGUAAUUUGAAUGAUAAUGAUUUUCCUGGUGAAAAGCGAUGUCCAAGUGCUAGGAAUGUGAUUUCCAAGCCUUUCACAAAAUUCUCAGAAUCGUUGUCGCUACAUGCUCGAGAUGUGCGCAGAGUUCACGGACCUCAUUCAAUGUCCGGAUUGACCUUGAGCCACGGUGUCAUUAAGAGGCCAAUAAGUACUUCGAGUGUUUCAUCUGAUGGUAGCGAAAAAAGUGAUGGAUCUUUAGAACAGAGAUGCAGAAAUAAUUCUUUCGAAAAGUUGACAGAAAUAACCAAAGAUAACGAACUGAGUCGGUUCGACGAAUUAGACGGAAGUCAUACCUGUGCUAUAGCUCUUUCUUCAACUAUUCUAGCUAAUGAAACACUUUCCCGCCAACCUGACCAAACGCGUAGUGAUGGGAAAAGAAAGACAGAAACGUUCGCCAACACUCAUAACAAUGUGAAUGAUGUAUACUUUUUUGACACACACUUUGAUGGCAAAUGUAAUUCACUUGGACGUAGAACAGCUUCCAAAGCUAAAGCACUUACCUCUCCAACUUUAAGCUUACGUGACCAGGUAUGUUGUAGCAGUCGGAUUAGUGGUGAUUCGACGUCCAGAUCAGAUUACAUCAUGCUCCAUCCAUUCACAAAAGAGCGUUCUCCAGGAUUUUUUUCUCCUUUAAAAUAUAAUGAUGGAGACACUGGAAACUACGUUAACUUAGAUCAAUCGGCGAUGCUAUUUUCUCAACAGUCAGCAGCACCAAGCCCGUGUACUAGGAUCCGUUACAGCGGUGGCUCUACUGCUGAGUCUGUGUGCUCUGCACCAGUUACACGAACUUUCACAAGGGUCGGUCUGACUGAGGCUGAAAGUUCGGAGUCGUUGUCUUCUGCCUCAUCCGACUUUCUUUAUCAGAGGGCGUCACGAUACUUCUUCCCUCUUUCUCCGGUUAACCCUAUUGUCCCUGUACCAAGUGGUCGGUGUAGCACUACUGCUUCUGGUUACAUAGGAGGGCAACUAUCUAAGAGUUCGAACAGAGAUGUCAGCAUGCACAGUUCCUCUUUAUCGCUUACGUCAACAACCUCCUCGUUGUAUUUGACGACGGAAGAGAAACACACCUAUGAGAUUAAGAAGUUGAAGAGAGAAUUGAAACGAGCUAAUGAGAAAGUGGCUAAUUUAACCACGCAGUUGACAACCAAUGUAAGUUUUUGUGAUAUUAUCUUGUAG